AUGAGUCCCGUGAGCCAUCCACAGUUAAACACUCCGCAUUAUUAUAUUCCGCACCACUGCGUGCUCAAGCCUAAUAGCACAUCAACAAAGCUCAGAGUGGUUUUUGACGCAUCUUGCAAGACGACGUCCCAGAAAUCGCUCAACGACAUUCUGAUGGUCGGACCGACCAUUCAGCGAGAUCUUUAUACACUACUGCGUUUUCGGAUACAUCGCUAUGCCAUCACUGCUGAUGUGGUCAAGAUGUUCCGCCAAGUCAACAUGUUUGCCGAGGAUCGCAGAUUCCAAUACAUUCUUUGGAGAACGUCGCCAUCGCAACCAUUGAGCACCUUCGAAUUGAAUACUGUAACUUAUGGCACAGCGGCUGCACUGUAUCUAGCCAUACGCAGUUUGUCAUAUCUAGCCGACAAAUUCAUGGACAAAUUGGAGAUUGGAGCUAAAUUGGAGCAGCUACAUCAAAUCAAAAGGGAAGUUACAGCGAUUCUACAGGAUGGCCAAUUAGAACUCGCAAAAUGGCAUUCAAAUCACUGCAAGUUUGUCGAUAACGCUACAGUCAAACAUUUGCAGUUGGACGACGAGAUGCUAACCAGCACGCUUGGCCUAAAAUGGGACCAAGUACGGGACACAUUCAUGUUCUCGUUCUCGCCAAGAUUCGAUUCGGACCACGUCACCAAGCGCUCGAUUUUGUCCAUAGCCUCUUCGCUGUUUGAUCCGUUGGGAUUAGUUACUCCCAUCAUCAUAGUGGCAAAAAUUAUCCUCCAGGAGCUGUGGCUCCUAAAACUACAUUGGAACGAGUCAGUACCCCAAGGCAUUCAUACAGCUUGGAUGUCCCUGCUUGCAUCGCUUUCGUCGUUGGAGUCUGUAGCAAUACCACGAUAUUGCCUCCAAUCAGCGAUACAUACCUUUCAAAUACACGGCUUUUGUGACGCCUCCAUUCGAGCGUAUGGAUGCUGCAUCUACGCUCGCACAAUCGGAUCAGAUGGGCUGACCAAGAAAGCCGACUUCGUUCUACAUUGGAAUCUCCAACACUCGGCCACCUUAUCAACCUUUGUCGGCAAUCGAAUUGCCGAAAUUCAAGAACUCACGUCAGAUUGCCACUGGAGACAUGUUCCUACUCACUGCAACCCGGCUGAUAUCUUGUCCAGGGGCUGCACUAUCACCGAGUUGGAACAAUCGAUAUGGUUCGAGGGACCAGAGUUCCUAGGCCAAGAUCAUCAACAUUGGCCAAAGGACAGUCGAGACAACAGUGACAUUGAUAUGGAAACUGUCCAACUGGAGAAGAGAAAAUCAGCCUUUGCCGUACACACGACUAGUAAUCAACUGCUUGAAGGAAUCUACAAGAUCAGUUCGCAUCAUCGCUGCCUACUAGUUAUCGCUUGGAUGUACAGAUUUACUCAGCGCUGCCGUAAACUAACGCCAUUCCAAUCACCUUCGCCGACGCCAGCAGAACUGAUGCGGGCGCUACAUUGCAUCGUCUGGAAUAUUCAAACUAUUCACUUCGCUCAAGAGAUGUCCUCGGUCCUGAAGGGCCAUCCGAUUCGCACUAACCUUAAAAAUCCUAGUCUCUUCCUCCAGGUUACAGAUGGCUUCCAAAUGCUAAAGGUCGGAGGGCGCCUGGAGCUAGCAGACUACCCAGAAACCCAAAAGCAUCCUGUGCUGCUCCCAGCUAAGGAUCCAUUUGUGUCACAGUUCGCUCGCCAUCUUCAUCUACAGAACUAUCACGCCGGGCCACGGACGCUCGUCGCUUUAAUUAGAAAACAGUUCUGGAUAGUGAAUGCAAGGGACUUGGCGCGACAAGUCGUUCGCUCAUGUAUACAUUGUCGCCGCUAUCGACCAACUCUCGAAAGGCAGCUAAUGGGCCAACUGCCUAAAGAGCGGAUCACACCAUCUAGACCAUUUUCAAGAUGCGGAAUAGACUUUUGCGGACCAAUCAACGUCUAUUUGCGCAUCCGGGGUAAGCCGCCUACCAAGGCCUACCUAGCCGUCUUCGUUUGCUUUGCCACGAAGGCGAUACAUGUCGAAGUGGUAUCGGAUCUCACGACGGAUAGCUUCAUUGCAUCACUAAAGCUCGAAUCGUUGAAGCAGUUUCUGUUUAAAGACGAAACAACAAAAACAAUCCACUAUUUCUGUCGCUCAGAGUUCAUUAACUUCCACUUUAUUCCACCCAGGGCUCCACACUUCGGGGGCAUAUGGGAAGCUGCAGUAAAAAGUGUCAAGGGACUACUCAAUCGCACUCUUCGAGACACCAGGUUAACCUUCGAGGAGUUAGCCACUGCAGCUGCUGACGUCGAGGCGAUCCUGAACUCUCGCCCGUUAACGCCGCUCUCAGCAGACCCAAACGACCUGGCCGCUCUCACGCCUGGCCACUUCUUAGUGGGUGACGCACUCCGAGCACUACCGGAACUUCCACCAAUCGACGACAACCUGGACAAGUUGGAUCGAUGGAAAAGGGUCAGCGCACUCAAACAUCACAUCUGGAGUCGCUGGAGCCACGAGUACAUCAACGAGCUCCAAGUUCGCACAACCUGGACGAAGACUUCACCAAAUUUGGCUGUCAACGACAUGGUUAUCGAUCACGAGGAUAAUCUUCCCCCACAACGGUGGCUUCUUGGGCGCAUAGUCAGCACGAUCGCAGGAGUGGACAACAUCGUGCGUGUAGCCGACGUACGCACUGCCAAGGGAAUCAUCCGCCGCCCUAUACGGAAACUCGCCUUAUUACCUGUCUCUUGA